AUGAAACCAAUCGCGGCACACUGGUCAAAGAGGCUUCAAAUAAACAGUCACAAAAACGAUUUUAAUUAUGCGGCGCGAGUGGUUCGCGUUAUUCUGCGAAUAAUCGGCGCGUGGCCAAUUUCUAAGUUUGCUUCCAAAGCAGAAAAAAUUGCGGUUUGCUUACAAAAUGUUCUUUGCUAUUUUUUGUUUGCGUUUAUUCUUGUGCCAGGUCUUUUAUUGGUAUUUCUAAAAGAGCGCGAUUUUAAACGCAAAGUAAGAAUGCUGGCACCGCUUUUAAAUUGUGGAAUGGGUACCUUAAAAUAUAGUCUGCUCGUGUAUCACGCGAAGGAGAUUCAAGACUGUAUAGAGCAGGUACGGCAGGAUUGGAAAAACGCAGAAAAUAAGAAUGAUCGAAAGAUGAUGCUGUCUAAGGCGAGCAUUGGCCGAAAAUUUGCCAUUUUCUCUGCCUCUAUUAUGUAUAUCGGAGGGAUGUCUUACCGAACUAUCGUACCACUCUCAAAAGGACGGAUGCUGACACCGAUGAACACUACAGUGAGAGCGCUGGCGUGCCCGAGUUAUUUUAUCAGAAUUGACGAACAGGCCUCGCCGGCGUAUGAGAUCAUCUUCACCCUGCAAUUCUUCGCAGGGUUUUUCACUUACUCGGUGACGUGCGGCGCAGCCGGUUUAGCUGCAUUCUUUAUCAUGCAUGUUUGCGGACAAUUGAGUAUUUUAGUUUCUAAACUGCAGCGUCUUAAUGAUAUGGAGCCUGAAGAUCGUGCAAUUGCGACAUUGUUGGCUGAUAUCGUGGAACAUCAGAUAAAAGUUAAGAAUUUUUCGAAACAAAUAGAAGAAGUUAUGCAAUAUAUAUGGUUGGUGGAAAUAGUGGGAUCUACUGUACUUUUAUGUCUUUCGGGAUACUACAUUAUUAUGGAAUGGGAACGUAGUGAUUCUACAGCUUCGUUAACUAUGUUUGUGAUGCUCACAUCUUUCACUUUUUCCAUUUUUACUUUUUGUUACGUUGGUCAACUUUUAACGGAUCAGAGUAUCAAAAUUGGAUUGAUGAUAUCUACGACAAAUUGGUAUCGUUUUCCGCAUAAAAGAGCUCGUACUUUAAUAAUCAUAAUUGCAAUUUCUAAUAUUCCGGCCAAAAUUUCUGCAGGCAAAAUGAUCGAAAUGUCUCUAGUUACGUUCGGUAACAUCGUCAAAACAUCAUUGGCAUACUUCAAUUUACUCCGGAAAUUUACAUGAUUUGUACUUUUAUUGAACGAAUAUCUUUCUG